GGUAUGUUUAUCGUCACGUUCCCGUACGCCGUGCUGCAGGGUGGGUACUGGGCGCUGAUCGCCAUGGUGGUGGUGGCCUACAUCUGCUGCUACACCGGCAAGAUCCUCGUCCACUGUCUCUACGAGCUUGACGAGCACGGCCGUAGCGUCCGGGUGCGCAACAGCUACGUGGGCAUCGCCGAGCACGUGUGGGGCAAGUGGCUCGGCGGCAGACUUAUCAACUGUGCGCAGAUCAUCGAGCUCCUCAUGACCUGCAUCCUGUACCUGCUGCUGUGCGGAGACCUCAUCAAGGGCAGUUUUCCAGACAGUCCCAUCGACUUGUCCUCGUGGAUCAUGAUCAGCACGGUUCCGCUGCUUGCGUGCGCAUUCCUGCAGAGUCUGCGCAGAGUGUCGUGGCUCAGCUUCUGGUGCACCGUCUCGCACAUGCUCAUCAACGCCAUCAUUAUAAUAUACUGUCUGACGAGGGUCAGGGAGUGGCGGUGGUCAGAUGUGCAGAUCAAAAUAGACAUCUGGACCUUCCCCAUAUCUCUAGGUAUAGUAGUCUUCAGCUACACGUCGCAGAUAUUUUUGCCCACCUUAGAAGGGAACCUAGUGGACAAGACUCAAUUUAGCUGCAUGAUGCACUGGACUCAUUUAGCAGCGGCCGUGUUUAAAGUCGUCUUCUCUUACAUGGGGUUUCUAACAUGGGGCUUCGCGACUCAGGAAGUCAUAACCAACAACCUACCCACGCAGUCUUUUAAGAUAAUCGUCAACUUGAUCCUAGUCACCAAAGCUCUAUUCUCUUAUCCGCUGCCGUAUUUCGCGGCUGCGGAACUCGUCGAGAUCAGCUUCUUUCAGGGCAAACCAGUGACGCCGUUCGCAAGCUGCAUCGACGACUCGUUCAUGUUGAAGGUGUGGGCGUUGGCGUUGAGGCUGACUCUGGUGCUGUUCACCACGGCCAUGGCGAUAGUGAUUCCUCAUUUCGCUCUCCUCAUGGGCUUCAUCGGCAGUUUCACGGGAACCAUGCUCUCGUUCGUGUGGCCGUGUUACUUCCACCUGCACAUCAAGUGGCACUCCAUGACUCGGCUGGACAUAGCCACGGACAUUCUUAUCAUCUGCCUGGGACUUGCUUGUGGCUCUAUCGGAUUGUACUAUUCUGGACACGCCCUGUCUCGUGCUUACAGAGGUCUUCCGCCAGAUCCGUUCCAUAUUUAGGAUAUGUUAUCUAUAAAAUACAUGGCAAUAUUUCAUAGAGGUCUAUGGAAUCCUAUCUAUGUUAUAAUCUAGUCUUAUUGUUUAUCAGAAUCGGUUGUAUUACUAUACAGUUUUUAGAUAAUAUAAAAAAGCUAUUUUCUUCUGGACAUUUGAGAACCAUACCUUUUGAGAACAAUAUGGCAGACUUUAGAUGGUAUGAGGCACAGGAAAUCUUCAUAUAUACUCGUGGUAUUUAGAUUUUUAAAGAAAAUGAUUACGAAACAACAGUGAAAUUGAUUAAUAACUGUAUAUUCAACUUACACACAACAUGGUUUAAUUCAUAACUGCGUGUGUACAAAUAUGGCAGACUUCAGAUGA